AAACAAAUCCUACAAUUUUUGUCGUUUUGUUCUCUCCCCUUAACUUGUAUCGAUAGUCCAAUGAUCGUGAUUAGCUGUUUUCAUCAGAACGUAGUGGAAGAGAUAACCAUGGCAAUGUGCAGGGCGAGAGCGCUUUUUUCUUUCUCCAAGUGCAAGCCUACACUCUUAUCCCCUCUCUUUCAUUUCUCUCCGAUACGCCGUUUUUCGUCAUCUGAGUUUGAGAGUGUUGGGUUCAUAGGGCUGGGAAAUAUGGGCUCCAGAAUGGUGCAUAAUCUAAUAAAGGCAGGAUACAAAGUGGCCGUUCAUGACAUAAACUGUAAUGUCUUAAAGAAGUUCUCUGACAUGGGAGUCUCUACAAAAGAAACACCUUUUGAAGUUGCAGAAGCAAGUGAUGUCGUAAUUACAAUGUUGCCUUCUUCUUCUCAUGUAUUUGAUGUGUUCACUGGACCAAAUGGUUUGCUUCAAGGUGGAAAUCUCCUAAGACCAUGGUUAUUAAUAGAUUCGUCUACUAUUGAUCCACAAACAUCGAGAAAGCUUUCUGUGACUGUAUCUAAAUGUAUUUUAAAGGAAAAGAAAGAUCAUUGGGUGAACCCUGUCAUGUUGGAUGCUCCUGUGUCUGGAGGUGUUCUUGCUGCAGAAGCUGGGACACUUGCUUUCAUGGUUGGUGGGUCUGAGGAAGCUUACCUGGCUGCAAAACCCUUAUUACUUUCAAUGGGGAAAAACACAAUAUAUUGUGGGAAAGCAGGAAAUGGCUCAGCAGCAAAGAUCUGCAAUAAUUUGGCAAUGGCUGUUAGCAUGCUUGGUAUCUCAGAAGCCCUUGCUCUUGGUCAGUCUCUUGGAAUUGCUGCCAGCACUCUGACAAGAGUAUUCAACUCUUCAAGUGCUCGCUGUUGGAGUAGUGACAGUUACAAUCCAGUUCCUGGAGUGAUGGAAGCAGCACCCUCUUCGAGAAAUUAUGAUGGUGGGUUUGCAUCUAAGCUAAUGGCAAAAGACCUAAACCUUGCUGCAGCAUCGGCCAUUGAUGUUGGUCGAAAAUGCCCAUUGACGUCCCAAGCUCUAGAGAUAUAUACAGAACUCUGCCAGGAUGGCCAUGAGGCCAGGGACUUCUCCUGUGUUUUCCGUCAUUAUUACUCAGGCAUGGAUGAGUUUUAGUUCAAGCAAUAAAGUUUUCUGGAAGAAGAAGCUCAAACUUUGGAAAAGCUCAUCCUCUCCUUUUUGUGUCAUCAUGCUGCCAUUUCACGGGCUUCGUGUUUAACUCUACUCCUAUUUGAUACAGUUGUUCGUUUCUUUACUAAUCGAAUUCGGUGCUGCUGUCGUUUGUCUAUUUGACAUAAAGGAUGGUUGGAGAAAGCUAGAAACCUCUCUCUCUCUCUCUCUCUCUCUCUCUAUAUAUAUAUAUAUAAUAACAGUAUGGAAAAAGCUUCAAUUAUCCUUUUUGGAGCUGAUUCCAAUGACAUCUCCUUGAGGAUGUAAAUUUGUAUGAAAUUUCACAUCAACUUAUUUUUAGGUUAUUUUUAUCUCA